AUGACGGGCCACGAAGAAGACAUCGCGAAAUUCUCCAGCCCAGAGGAGGCACGCCAUAGAAAAGGGCCAGAGGACUCAUUUCGUUUGUUUGGAGAUGUUAGGUCAUCUCUCACAUCAAACCAGGAGCGUGAAAGCGCGAUACCAACAGGACUUCCACGGCUAGAUGCUGCGUUAGCACUGCGCCCUGGCGUGAGAUCAUCCCCUCUGGAUCCAAGAAGGAGCAAUGUAUAUUUCCAGGCCCACCCAGCUGCGCCCACUAAAGGGGUCCGGCGUGGGGAGAUCACGGAGGUUAUGGGGUCCCGAGGUGUAGGGAAGACGGCUUUUGCAAUGAGAAUUGCAGCAAGUGUAUUGGAAGCUGGACAGAAAGUUGUCUGGAUAGAUACUGCGGGGCCCAUGAACCCAACGAGGUUCAAAGACAUCCUCCGCAGGGAGAGAAAUCCAAAAUUGCCCCACAACCCAUCUACGGCGCCAUCAUCAUCAUUGAGAGAGAAAAAAAUGGACGAAGUCCUUAACCAGCUGCUGUACUUCCAUCCGCCAACUCUAGCACACCUCCUAGCCCUUAUAUCUCACCCACCAAAGGGUUUCCCCCCUCAAGAUACAGGACUAAUAGUGAUCGACUCAAUAUCCUCUCUCUUCACCUCUGAAUACUGCACGAAGCUACCACGGGAACGCAAACUAAACACCACAAAAACCACAAGAGUUACAGCCGAGACCAAAGAAGAAAGAACCCGCUGGAAAAUCAUCGGCAAUCUGGCGAUGAAUCUGAAAAAGCUCGCCGCAAGACUCAAUUGCGCUGUGAUUACUAUAAAUGAGAUGGCAUCGCGGUUUAGAGAAAAGAAGCCGGCUAUAUUACACGAAGCCCUAUCAGGCGUAACGUGGGAUUCCGGUGUUGCUACGUGCAUAGUGCUUUGUUGGCAGUGGUUGCCGCCCAGCUUUCGAUUGCGAGUGCCCAUGAAACGUGUGCGCUUCGCGGAGGUUGUUAAAAUUGAGAAGGUUGGGCUCGUGCAUGAUAGGGCGCAGAGGGUUAUUCCAUUUGUGAUAAAAACGACCGGUCUCUACGAAUUCGCUCCUCAAACGUGUGGGAAAGCACUAUCGAUCUCUAUCCGCCGUCCCAGUUUGCAUCUAGCGCAUGCCCAGUCGAAACGGAAACUCGACCAGUCUAAAGGGAGUCUGGAAGCAAGACGGAAACGCCGAAUUGAUCUCGCUGAAACGCCAGAUAUCAAAGUGGAAAGUAGUGAGGAGGACGAAGGUAUUAACGGAACGACACCUUCUGAAUCCUCCUUAGCGUUAUUGGUGAAGGAAGAGGAGGGAGACGAGUAUGAAUGGUUGGAUGAGGAUGAAGCCGAGCUUGUCCCUGAGUUCUCCGAUGAAGAAGGGGUUGGAAGCGAUGAUGGAAAUGAUCGUGGAAAUGGUAAUGGUGACAACAGUCCCCGUCCGGUUCGUGCUGCGGAAGGAGUUAUUGAUGACGAUACUGUGCUUUUACUACAGAAUAUCCCUGAUGAUGAGGAAUUUGAUUGA